AUGACUUCGUCCAGCGCCGUGGCUGCUGCCAUACCAGGGCUCGCAGCUGGUCUUGAUCCUCGCCCACCCGACCACGGCCACGGCCAAGAACGAGGACGUGCAGGAAGUCACGGACAGGCGCUAGGCGACAGCACAGACUACGCGCAUACAAACACGACUGCAGAAGACGACAGCGUGUCAAGUAUAGUCCCUUUCUCGCAGCCCGGCUCGCUGCCGACGGCGCAAGGCCAGUCUGAGGAAAGUUCAGCUAGGCGGCCAGGAUCAAAAGUAAAUGAGGCCGCACACGAAAAUCUUGUGCACAUUAAAAACGAGGAAGCGCUGCUCUCGGACGCACAUCAAGAACUUCAACCCGUGAACAGGGUAUAUUCUGAAGCAGACCGCAACAGAGAUCCGAAUAGCGCCAAAGAGGAAUCCGAGCCGCAGAGUGCACAAUCACCAACAGAUAGCACUGCCAAAGAUCAGUCUGGCAGUCAGAAGAGCGCUGCAGUGUCUCAGGACACUUGCGCUGCACAAGCGGCUGACUCCUCAACUAUCAAACUCGAACCACAUCAGCAACCAGAGCGGUCUCCACCGCUCAACCAGGCUCUCCCGGACAAAGCGACAGAGAAUCCUUCAGGUUCAGCUGCACUAUCAAUGCCCGGUACGGGAGGUGCAAAGAAACUGAACGAAUCAACUAAACCAGCUGCGGAAGACUCCCAACGACCCAUCUCUGCCACUCAGCCGGACCGCAAACACGACGGAGAUCCGGUGAAGAUGGAUUACUCCAACCCGAAUGAGAACGCUUUCGAUGUUACUGGCGGCCAACUGCCCAUGUUUGGCGAAUCGUCAUUUCUCGCUGGCACGAACGCGAACCCGCAAACAUUGGAUGCAUUAUUCGCCAAAGGCAGCGGGGUCUAUCCGGGCCUGACUACAGAGAUGAUGUCCUUCGCAAACUUCCCACAACCCGCUGAAUUCGCACCUGGUCUUGGUCACCCCAGGCCACUGAUGACGGUUGCGCCAUCCAGUCUGACUUUCGACAUUGAUCCACCGAGUCUGCGCGACCAAGGCCGUGGGCAAAACGCAGAGGAUGACGACGCUGACCACCUCCGGUCAUUUGCGCGCCUUGAAUUUGCUGACAGCACAUUUCGCAUGAACACCUAUGGCGUCGUUCUUGGUCGCGAUCAGGCCGCUAUCGACCAUUCUUUGAAGAUGGCCGAACUCCAAGAGCAAUUCGAAGCCGACUGUAUGAAAGCCGACCGUGAAGGCCGAUCAAGGCCUUCGGAGCCGAGAGCUCCCAAAUCCAUUGUUAGCCACAAGGGAGGCAUUCUUGGUCCGGAAUAUUCAAGAUCCGAUGCCCAAGUCCCAGCAAACAAAUCCGACUCUCCCUCCAAGGAGGCCAGUACUGGUGCUGAGAAGGCUUUCCCAGCAGAAGAGCAAGGAGAGGCCGUGAUCCAUGGACGUGAGUACCACUCCACGCCUGGGGCGGUGGCAGUCGACACCAAGGCUCUACGAGUCAACCCCGAGGCGGUCGUGUUCCUCCCAAUUCAUUCCCCUGGGGAACACACGCAUAAACGGUCCAAAGCCAUCUCUAGAAAGCACUUGAAGAUCAGCUACAAUCGCCAGCGUGGUGUCUUUGAGGCUACAGCACUCGGACGCAACGGAAUCUUCAUCGAUGACAACUUCCUGGCGCCUCACAAAACAGUCGUUCUUAGAUCUGGCGACUUCGUACAGGUCAAGGAUGUUCACUUUGUUUUUGUUAUCACUGGCCUUGAGAAAGGCCAAACUGGAGGGGAGCGUCUCCAUGAGCAGCCAGCGACCGGCGGCAAGACGAUGAGCUUUGAUUUCGCCCCCCGACGACAAGGCCAUAUGCGGGAUACAAGCUCCCUAUCUUCAAUCGACCCAAAGGAAAUACAGGACGUGGAGAUGGACGACGCCGACGAAGCUCCAGCAGCACCGAAGGCCAAUGCCAAGACGAAAGCCAAAUCCAGGGCUGAGGCCCCUGAUGUUCCAGCCAAAUCGGUCGAAAUGGUCAACGCGGAUCGGGAGGACGCGCCUGACGAUACAAAUCGGCAAGUAACAAGUGGCUCGGAGACAGCAGCGCAACAACACCACUCAGACGGAGAUAUCCAGAUGGAGGACACAAUGGCAGACGAUGACGCACAGAUGGCCGCUGCUGCCGCAGCGCUGGCUGGUGCCAGCAAUGACGAAAGCCGGCAACCGACAGCAGAAGGUUCGCCCGAUACGCGAAUACCUGUGCCCAUGAGCCUGCCCGCGAUCCCGCUAGGAAUAACCACUGUGGAGGAGCUGCGACAAUACCACGAGCAACACAGCGGUGGAGAGCCUAGGAAGAGAGGCCCGGGUCGUCCACCCAAGAAUGGAUACAUGUCUAAGCGGGAGGAACGGGAGUUUAAGAAAUUGCUCCAAGAACAGCAACGGAUGGAGACUGCACACCAACAGCCCGCAGAGCCUCCCCUGAAGCGCAAGGUUGGCCGGCCGCGCAAAAAUCCCUUGCCCGAAGGAAUGGAGGAGAGCGCGGCGAAGAGGCCGAGAACGGAUGGUCAGGAACCCGAAUAUGGCGAUGCAGGGUCCGACAACGAUAUGCCGUCCAGUAAUCCAAAGAAGCCCAGCAAAGUCGCCCGGCCCAAGACACCUCCAUUGGAGCUGAACAGGGAAGACUAUACCGACGAGCAACUGAUCAAGCCAUCGGAGAACUACGCACAGCUGAUCGACCAGGCUUUCAUGGGGGCACACCCCGAUGGCUUAUCGCUGAAGCAGAUCUACAAGCGCAUCGCCAGCCGAUGGCCCUAUUUCCACUUUUGCGCGGGCACCAAGGGAUGGGAGAGCAGCGUCCGUCACAACCUCCUUGGAAACGCAUGCUUUGUGAAGAACAAGGCUUCUGAUCUCUGGACUCGCGUACCGGGCAUGUCGUUGGAGGAGGGCAAGAAGAAGGGAAAACCUGAUGGCCCCGAGCAAAGCGCCGGAAUGCAGCCUGGAUCAACCCCCAUGUCAACGGGCCAGGGCGGCUCGUUGCAUGGCCAGCUCCCUCCUUCGGGCUAUCAUCAUCCACCGGGCGCUCUUGGUCAACACCAAAUGCCACAAAACUACCAGACGCACUACCCCCAAAUGGCCCAGCCAGGCCAGGCGCAGCCAACCCAGGUCCACCAACAACCGCUUGCAUCUCAGCAGUAUCAAACUGGCGCGUUGUCAGGCUCCGGCCCACCUGGUGUUACACAAACCAACGGACAUCAGCAGCUGCUGCAACAACCUCAGCAGAUCCCCCAGCAAACUCAGCGGCCACAGCAAACGAUGAGUGCCCAGGCAUCAUACAACUCUGCUCACGGGCAGCCCAAUCAACCAGGACAGGGUGUGCCUGGCUUUACUCAAGGAAGCAUGCCACAGACAGGAGUCUCGGGCCACUCUACAGUAGAGAACCAUGGCACGCUGGAGCAAGUCCGAGCAGUGGGAUACUCUCCGCAUAAUCCAGCGUCAGCUGCUCAGCAUGUUCACGCUGCUUCCAAAGCCCCUGCCUCGGGGUCUGCGCAGCCUCCGAACGGCCAAACUGCCCCAUCGCCGAGUGAUUCGCAACGCAGAGGUGCCGUCAACCCGCUGAUUGUGGCGCGCCUCAGCAAACUCCGCGAACAGAUAGCGACGGGCCUGCGGGCAGCCAGGACCCCAGACCCAGACGCUAUCAUCUGGUGCGCUCUCGACCGUCUCGCAGGCCUCCGAGACGAGACUAUACCGCCUGAGAUACCCGCAAAUUUGGUGUCCACGUGCUACAAAGGCUUCGCCAAUAUUGUCCUGCCGAACCAGCCCCCACUGAUCGAUCCAGGGACUCUCGCUGCCGUACUUGGUUUCCGCGAGAAAAGCCAUGAGCUUCUGCGAGGAAAGUUUUCGGAGCCUCAGCGAACCACACUGCUCCAUAGUGUCAUCUUCCGAGAGCUAGGACUCGCCACGGAGAGUCGCGUCAAUUUCCCGGCAGGCAAUCUAGAGGCCGUCUUGCUCAAUGGCUUGCACUCUUUGCUUGGCGGAGGCCGUCGCCAAAGCACGCAUCGCCUGGCGAGUGCCACACCAGCACCUAGUGCGGCAUCGCCACCUGCGCCAGCUCUGGCUGCUCAACCUGCAGCGGUCUCGAUGCCCAGGGCUGCGGAAAACCCAACGCCUGCGGCUGCGCCUGCACCGUCAUCCGUAUCCGUACACGCGCCCGUUGUUUCUGCAACUACGGUACCCCAGCAGCAAACUCAGGCUCCAGCCCAGCCAGUUCAGCCUGUGGCACCGCAAGCCCAGAGUGCAACACCAGCUCCCGCACCUCAACCUGCGCAGACAACACAGACACCCACAAACACACAGGCUUCCCCAGCGCCGCAGCUGAAGGCAGCCACUCCGGCUUCGCCUGUUCUUUCCAAGCCUGCGUCUGUGCCGCCAUCUGGACAGCCCCAGAUCCAAGCCACGACGGGGAGGCCCGACACAACGGCGUCCCAGAGCGCAGCACCGACUCCCGUGGUCCAACAGCCGCCUCCGCCAAACCAAGCACCCGUCAUGUCGACUGCUCCUGCUGCUACAGCUGCUACUCCUCAGAUCGCGUCGCCUGUGCCUACCCCAGCACAGACGCAGACACAGAUGCAAGCGAAACCUCAAGAACAAUCGCCGGUGCGGCAUUCAGCGCCAGAGUGA